GGAAGAACAAGCCAGGUUUAUGAAGUACAGACUGUCCACUGUGAUGGUGAAACUGCAGCCAUCCACCCUCUUCUCCUGGUUUCAGGUGGAAUAAUGUUAACCAGUGAAAAAGCCCAUUUUUGGUCAGGAGGAAUUUCACAAAAUACGUCUGAAGGAAAUUUGUUUGAUGUGGAAGCCCAAAAAUCCUCAAAAAAUUGCAAUAUUACAGACCCAGGUUUGCCUCUCAGUUGGCCCAAUGAUUUCACACUUCAUGGCAAUUGUGCUUCCAAUGCUACGAAUCCAUUCUGGAAUGAACUGUCUGCAUCUAACCCAUUUUUGGAUGACAUAAUUCAGCUAAGAAAUAACCAGAAGAGAGAUAAUAUUUCCAUCUUGAAGGAAGAUCCUUUUCUUUUUUUUAGAGAAAUAGAAACUGGAAAUUCUUUUGGUUCCUCCGGUGAUGAACUUGACGUGCAUCAGUUGCUUAGGCAGUCUUCUUCAAGGAAAUCUGAAAGAUCUAAAAGUGUUUCAGGACUUUUGGACAUUUUAGGUGACACAGCACAUGCCCAUCAGAAUAUACAUAACUCUGACCAGAUCUUAGAACAAGACUUAGAAUGGCUUCAAAAUGAUCGAGAGGCUUAUAAAAUGGCUUGGUUAAGUCACCUGGCCCGCUCCUGCCUAGAUAUUAAUCAGAGUCCUGGAUGGGCCCAAACACAAGUUGCAGAGACUACAAUAGUUUGCAAAUUAAACUACCAGGGAGGGUCAGUACAAUUACCUGAAUCAGAUAUCACUGUUCAUGUGCCCCAAGGCCAUGUAGCUGUGGGAGAAUACCAAGAGGUAUCUCUAAGGGCUUUUCUAGAUCCUCCGCAGAUGCUUAACCAUGAUCUUUCAUGCACUGUAAGCCCACUGUUGGAAAUCAUGUUAGGUAACCAUAACACCAUGGAAGCCAUUUUGCUAGAGAUGAAAAUUGGAGCUGAAGUGAAAGAGGAUACUUUCAGCCAAGUCAUGACAGAAGUGGUGUGUUUUCACAGCCUGGGUAAAGAAGGCCCUUUCAAAGUAUUAAACAAUUGCUACAUUUAUAAAGACACCAUCCAAGUCAAGCUAGUAGAAUUGAGUCAGGCGAUGUAUCUAGUGGUUGCUGCACAAACUAAAGGUACUCAGUCACCAGCUGCCACCAUUUGGGAUUAUAUCCACAAAACCACCUCAGUUGGAAUUUAUGGGCCCAAAUAUAUCCAUCCCAGUUUCACUGUUAUUUUCACAGUUUGUGGACAUAGAUAUAUGCCAGGAAGGCUUAUAAUCUCUGAUAUUAAGAAGGGUGGGAAACACAACACAUCUCCAGUUGUGUUUCAGCUCUGGAGGAAGCAUUCCGUCUUACUUGAAAAGCCACAAGAUUUAAGUAUUUCUGUCUUUUCAUGUGAUCCUAAUUUUGAAGUAAAGGUAGAAGGAAAAGGGAAAGGAAUUAAACAAAAGCAGUUGCAAUCAGGUCAAGUAGUUCAUCAACAAUUUUUAUUCUCUUUAGUUGACUCCAGAGAAAUGCACUUGUUAGUUUUCCAUGUUCAGGUGGAGCCUCCCAAUGGUAGACCAGUUACACAGUUCUUUAUUACUACACCUGAUCCAGCCCCAAACCUAAAAAGCCUCUCAAAUCUGCCAGGUGAUUUGCAGAAGGAGAAGGAAAUCAAGUCUGCUCCUUUAUUACCAACAGUGCAUGUUAAAUAUCCUACAUUUCAAAACAAAAAUUUGAACUUUGCCAACUAUGGGGUAACCCUGAAGACAGUGCUAAGACAAAGCAAGAUUGACUACUUACUUCAAUAUUUCAAAGGGGACACAAUAGCUUUUCUUGGAGAAGGUAAAGUAAAAGCCAUUGGACAGUCCAAAGUGAAAGAAUGGUAUGUGGGAGUCCUGAGAGGUAGGAUUGGACUUUUACAUUGCAAAAAUGUCAAGGUGAUUGCAAAGGAACAAGUAAUGUCUAUGUCAGAGAAUGUCUUCACAACCAGGAAUCUUCUUGAACAAGUUACCCUGCCUCUUAAAAAACUGACUUACAUCUACUCAGUUGUAUUGACCUUGGUGUCAGAAAAAGUUUAUGAUUGGAAAGUUUUAGCUGAUGUCCUAGGUUACUCACAUCUGGCACUGAAAGAUUUUGAUCGAAUACAAGCAGACAAAGAAUCAGAAAAAGUUUCUUAUGUUGUAAAUAAGUUAAAGGAAGAUUGUCAUGCAGAUAGAAAUACCAGGAAAUUUCUUUAUGAACUUACUGUGGCUCUGCUGAAGAUUGAUUGCCAGGGGUCAGUAGCACAUCUCGUCCAAGAGGCUGCUAUUCGGACUUCAGCUGUCAGGCUUGGAAAAGGCUGGAGGAAACUAGCUGAAAAGUUAGUACGACUCACAAAGCGACAAAUGGAAGCAUAUGAAAUUCCUCACCCAGGAAAAGCUGGAGAUGUUGCUGUAGAGAUGAUGUGGAAACCUGCCUGUGAUUUUCUCUAUACUUGGAGUGCUCACUAUGGAAACAGUUACAGAGAUGUGUUACAAGACCUUCAAUCAGCUUUGGACAGAAUGAAAAACCCUGUGACCAAACAAUGGCGAGACUUAACUGGAGCUCUAAUACUAGUAAAUUCUUUAGAGGUUUUGAGAGCAACUGCAUUCUCCACUUCUGAGGAAGUAUAGAAUUGAAGGGCAAAUCAUAGAUGCCUGAGAAAUGAUGGAUGUUCCAGAGCCACAGAAUGAAUAGAAUUGUAUU